AUGUAUAUCCACACGAUCUGCGGUGUCACAUGGGCUCAGGAGUUGACACAUUUUCCCAUUUUAGUGACCGGUGGCAUCGUGGCUGUUUCAGGCCAAUUCAAAAGAUGGGAGAUUGCGGUUUAUGCAAUAGUUGCAGGGGUGUUUGUUUGCUUCUUGGAGUAUCCCCGAGGGAAGAGGAAAAAGGGAUCCACUCUAGAGAGGUGUGGCCAGAAGUAUUUCACAGCGGCUGUGAAGAGCUGUGGACCCCUAACAAGGAAUUAUUAUGUCCGGGCCGUUCUCCACGCAUGCCUAGCAGUUCCUGCAGGAUAUUUGCUAGCCACCAUCCUUGGCACCGUUUGCCUGGCCAUAGCGAGUGGCAUCUACUUACUGGCUGCCAUACGUGGCGAAGAGUGGCGCCCCAUUGAAGCAAAGCCUCCAGAGCGACCCCAAGUGGGGGGCACCAUUAAGCACCCCCCCAGCAACCCACCGCCCCGACCCCCUGCAGAGGCCCGGAAGAAGCAAAAGGAGGAAGAGCCAACAGGCCAGGAAAACCCUAUUGAAGUGAUUUCUUAGGCGUCUCCCCCAUCAGAUAGACUGCAGUCGGAGAGGGAGGCACCACUUCUGUUUGACCCAGGCAUGGGAGACACCCUCCAGGACUGAAACUCGGGCCAGAUCUUUCCCAAGCAGGAGGAUGGGGCUUCUACCUGAACUCCUGCAAGCCCCUCGGGUGGGAGGGGUCUUCGGUGGUCUUUCUCUUAUGUUUCCUCCCUUUCCCGCCCCUGCUGAUUCCCCCCCCCCCCCCCCCCCCCGCAUGUAUGUUUGAAACAGACCGGGCUUGCAUGCCAAUAAUUGCCAACUCACAACUGAUACUGAGUUUAAGCCCGGAGGAUGAACAAAAAUGGAAAUUAGUUUUAAGUACACAGACAUAAAGUUUUCUGAGGCUGGAUUUAAAUUUGAAAAGAUGUCAAGAAAAGGUGUAAAAUUUGAAAUGCUGAAAUAAAAAAUGAUUCCAAAGCUUCCUGGAUCACAUCAGACCUGGGCCACGCCAGCAAAGCUCUCGGCUUCGUCUCUUUCCCCCCGUAGAAGAUAUCAAGUUGGUCCUAGUUGGGGCUAAAGCACCCACCCCCCUUCUGUCUCUCCCUGCCGCCCCCACUCCUUCUCUCGCUCUCCUCUCCCUUCCUCCUAAUCCAUCUUAUUUUGACCCCAAGUCGGCCCACAAGAGAGCAGGACCUUUGCAUCCCCCCUGUUCAGGGGUCUUACCAGCCACCCCAUGACUUCUGCCCCCUUUCCCCCAAGUUUUUGUCCCCCACUCUGCUGAAACCGGCACCCACCGUUUCCCCCAAGCUGAUGCUUUUAUUCUACCAUUCCUGGCAUCCUUUUUUCCAUCUCGUUUCAGUUCUGAACAAGUCGGGCUUUUCUCCUUUUCAAAGCGAAUCAGAAAGAUCCUGUUUCUACAAAUCGUGCAUACAUCAAGUUUGAGUCAAACAUUCCCAGGAGCAUCCCUUUUAAUUGAAUGAAUUAAUUUUACCACCCCUUCCAUGUUUGGUGUAUUUUAUCGUUCUGGACUUACAAGGCUUUAUUAAAUUCCUCCAUUUAAUAUGUGACGUCUAAUUGCUCCCUUGCUUAUUUUAACUAGUUCAAUAAACAAACCAGUU